UAGCCAAACCCACGUGCAAAAAUCACAGGGGAAAUGCAGUUUAGAGAUCCACCCAGAGACAAGUGUUCUAAAUUUAUCGUUUCUUUCAAUUAUUUUAUGAUCCAUUUCUACAAAGUAGAAUUCAUCCUUGAGAAUGGCUUAUGGAUGCCUUGCAUGUGUUUUGUUUUGUUUUUGUGUUGUGCUUUCGGCAACAGUUUCUGUUAAGUUUAAAGAACUGUUUACCCGAGUUCCAAUAUCUGAUCGGGAGGCAAAUCUGGCUGUAGAUUAUGCAGUGAAUGCUUACAACAUAAAGUCUGACAAUCUUUACCUUUUCAAACAGAUGCAACUUAAAAGUGCCAAAUAUAAGAUAAUUUCUCCAGGGGUGAAGGCAUACACUGUGAUAUUUGACAUCAAGGAGACCCUCUGCCAAGAACAAGUGGAACUGCGUACUUGUCCAUUCAAAUCUGACAGUCAUGCUGCUGUGGGUAUAUGUAAAGCAGAAGUUUUCUUCGAAUUUGGCUUUCAAAUUAAAAUACCUGAAGCACCUUCAUGUAAACUAAUAACGCCUGUGAAAAGAGUUGUGGAGACCGUUGCUGUUACUUGUGAAGGUUGCCCAGUAUCUGUAAGCCUUGAUGAUCCCUUGGUGAAAGCAUCAGUGGAAUUAGCAGUGAAAGCCUUCAACAUUGAAAAUAAAAAGAAGAGGAGGUUCACACAUGGCAAGAUUAUAUAUGCAAUAAAGGAGGCGGUAAUAGGAGAGAAAUACUGGGUACAUUUUCAAAUUCAGGAGACAGAGUGUCAAGAGGACGUAAAUGAGCUUUGGUCUAAUUGUCCACUUAAAGCCACAGAUGAAGCUGUGCUCGGUCACUGCUAUGCAGAGGUUCUGUUUCCAGCUGGUGAAACAAAAGGCCAGAUCAGAGGAUUACCCAAAUGUCAGCUGUUUCAGCCGAUUACAGAUGAAGAUGUUGAUGGGGUUUCAUGUGUUGGUUGCCCACUACCUUUGAGGGUGAAUGACCCAAGAGUACACAGGAGUGUAGAGUAUGCUAUUUCUAAAUUCAAUGACAACAGCGGGCAGCUUUACAAAUUUGCCUUGGCUCGAGUUCUUUCAGCAGAACAUGAGACUUCUGUAGGAGAAGAAAUCACUUUGAAUUUUACGCUUAUUGAAACCACCUGUUUGAACAAUAAUGACACAGAGCCAGAUACAUGUGGACCAAAGAUCCCAGCAACAGCAGGCUCUGCUAUCUGUUUAACCAAGCAAAACUUUGAUAUCUUUGGAGAACUAUUAUACCACAGAUUAACAUGCAAUGUGACUCAAGACUGGACGUUGUAUGCAAUUGAUGUUUUGGAAGCGUCCAGAAAUGGAACAAAUUCUUCAGAAUUGCAGCCUCAGAAGCCAACAACACCUGAACCCACUGUUGAUCAUACAACUGAUUGCCCAACUGAGCCCCAAAAUUCAAAAGAACCGAUGAUCACGGUGAAAGAGACUAAGUCCACUAUGUCAACUGAUCUGUUAGAUCAGUAAGACAGAAGAAGCUGUGGAGAAGUGACUGACAGUAAUUUUUGAUUCAUGUUUUUUAAACAAAUCUUUGAUCUUUGAUUUUUGAUCUGAUAGCUAUAAAAACCAAUAAAACGAUGAAAGGCCUUGAUCAGAAA